CUAUUUCUUAAGUUCUCUUUUAGAUUAAUAUGUAUUUUAUGUGAAUAUUGUAUAUUUAACAAAAUACAAUUUGACAGUAUCAAAAAAGUAUACAAUAACAAUAGAGAUAAUUCAUAGACAAUAUUCUGGUCAUUAAAAAAUCCCAAUAUUUUAUCAUAAAGCUGUUGCUAUGGUACCGCGUCGUUACUAUGGAUACAAAUAUUUUGUAUUCGUAGAUAAAAAGAAACGUUAUAACAACAAUUGUUAUUACAAUUCUUAAGUUAUUAUUGAACUUUUAUAAAUAUGGGAGAAAGAGCAGCCGUAUCGACAGAAGACACGCUCGUUCGAUAUGAUAAUCCUGUUCUUGUAACUAAACAACCGGAAAAAGCUGCACCACCUCCUACCGGUACACUCACACAACCCUGUAUCCCAACUGAAGCGAAACGUGAGACCGAGGAAAUCCUCAAUGCCAUUCUACCCCCAAAAGAAUGGGAAGAAGAUGGACAAAUAUGGACUCAAAAGAUAUCAUCUACUCCAGCAACAAGAUUAGAUGUUAUAAAUCUGCAAGAAAUGCUCGACACUCGUUUGCAACAGCGGCAGGCUAGGGAGACAGGAAUAUGUCCCGUGCGCAGGCAACUCUACACGCAAUGCUUUGACGAACUCAUACGGCAGGUAACUAUCAAUUGUGGUGAACGAGGUCUUCUUCUUUUAAGAGUGCGCGAUGAAGCGAGAAUAACUAUGGAAGCGUAUCAGACACUGUAUUGUAGUUCCAUAGCAUUUGGUAUGAGAAAGGCAUUGCAGUCGGAACAAGGAAAAUCAGAUCUUAUGGAUCAAGUUGCUAAAUUAGAAGUCGAGCGAUCGGCUUUAGAAAAACAAUGUUCAGAAUUAAAACAAAAAACCGAACAACUGGAGCGACGCGCCGCAGAGCUGCGAGCGGCCGAGGAGAAGCGACACCAAGAGGAAUUACUUGCGUUGAAGAAAACAAACGCUCAGUUAAAGGCACAACUUGAAGGCAUCAUCGCUCCAAAGAAGUAGUCUCGUUGGUUAAAAUGUACUAAUUUAAUUUCAAAAUAAAUAUCAUGUAAAAAUAA